AUGCCGGAACGAGUCAAGGAGAACGUCAAAGUCCCCGAAUCGAUCCCUUACUCCAGCCCAGCAUCUGAGUUUAUCUACGGUGCCAGCGCCGUGGAAGCGGCUUUACGAUGCGGUAGACGAAAACUAUACAAACUAUACCUCUAUCAACGAGCUGGGGAAGACCUGGGGCCAUCCAAGAUCGCUCUUCGGAAGCUAGCUCUCUCGAAGAAUAUUGAGAUCAAAUUGGCCUUUGCUGGUUGGGACAGGCUUUUAGACAAGAUGUCUGCCGGCCGUCCCCACAAUGGAUGUGUCCUUGAGGCUUCGCCUCUGCCCAAACUCCCCGUGCGCGGCUUGCAUGCUGUUCCCACGAAAUCAGAGAGCCACUUUCGGGUAGAAUUGGCACCUCAGUCGCGGGAGGAAGCUGCAGUCAAUGGUACGAGCGACAAUAUCCCGAUUCUGCAUUCUACCGAUCCUUCCUCGGGCCUACAAAAUCAUCGAUACCCCGUGGCUUUGCUGUUGGAUGGGGUGGUGGAUUCUGGCAACAUUGGUGCGAUCAUCCGGUCUGCUUAUUAUCUUGGCAUUGAUGCCAUUAUCUUCGCUGGUCGCCAGUCCGCGCCUCUGUCUCCCGUGACGAUCAAGGCUUCUGCUGGCGCGGCGGAGAACAUGACCUUGCUGCACGCUCAAAACGAGGUGGACUUCAUCAAACGUUCCAAGGAGAAUGGAUGGCGGUUUUAUGCCGCCGACGCUCCUGGUCCAGGUGCGACUUAUCUUGAUCGGGGGAUGGCCGAAGGUGAAACAGUACUUCCUACAAUGCACUCCCCCAGUGUGAUUAUGAUGGGAAGCGAGGCAACAGGGUUGAAUUCUCACAUCAAGUCACACGCCGAUUCUAUCGUUAGCAUUCCAGGUGCCCGUCACAGUGCUCACUUAGGCGUGGAGUCCGACCCGGCUCGCAUUGACAGUUUGAACGUGAGUGUUGCCGCGGCACUAUUGAUGGAGAUGUUCUUGCGAACCCCUCUUGCGUUGUCCGAACCAAUCAAGAAGAGCAAAGACCGAGUGUGGUAA